GACUUCUAGAGUACCGCGCCGAAUCAGUCACUUGCUCCUGUUGAUCGUGUGAGGCCGCAACGUGGAAUUCCCCAAGGCUGGCUUAUUUAGCGACAUCAUUCCAACCAAGGUUUCGCUCUAUCUUCAGAACUUCUCGCACACCUGUCAGCCCUCUCUGAGCUCUGUCACUACUGGACGAUAUAGCUUAUUCAUUAUUCUUCCGGUUAGGAUAUCAUUACAAGUAGCUAGCAAAGGCACAUAACCUCCUGGGUGGCCUAUUUAGCUAUCCCCCGCCUUGGCUUCUGCGCCAUUGGUUGGUUGAUGCUAAGGCGUCUCUGCAGAAACGGGCUUCAUAUUCCGCACCCAGCCUUAUUUAUUAAUACUUGCCCCCUCCUUCGCUCUGCUUUCUCAUUCAUUGAGCUGGGUCACAGCAGCCGCCAGAUCUUUUCAUCAGCAGGAAAGAUAUUCCCUUUGCCGCUCUCUCCUCUUUGAUAGUCACCUCUGUUUUCGACCUCUGCAACCGGCCUCUCGUUUUCUCCCCCCGCCUUCCGUUGCGUCGCGCCCUCAUCGAAAACAAGAACCACGCCCCACAAACCGGCCGUCGCUCCGCCUCCGCCGUUCUGUACUUCGCCAGCAACUCUGCUCGGAGCUGUUUCUCGUACAACCCUCAACCCGCUCUUGCGUAUGCAGUUCGCUUGCAACGCAAACCUGAGGAGUGCCUGCCCGCUGUUCUGCAUCCCGCCAAACUCUCUCGUAAUAGCUUCCAAGCUUAUAUCUUGAGCUGCGUUCAACUGUUUGUGCGGCCUAAACUCACCCCACCGGCCUACCGCUAAUCUUCCACGCUCUUUUACAUACGAAACCUAUCACGGAGUGAAUCGGGCCUCAGCUAUACUCUGAAGAGUUGAAGUGGAAUAAUUCACAGCUUGGCGGAAGAACAACAUUCGGUGCCUUCAACAAAAACAGCUUCCCUUCACGGGCAGCAUAUUUAAAUCCGUCGAGAAUGCUACGUUCAAGGGCCCCGCUACGGCUUUCUGGGGAUGAUAAUCCCUCAGAAUCAUCGAAUUCCACUUCUCCGGAGCGCGCGGUGGACGAUGAUACGGAUUUCUUCAUGCAUCUAGCAAGCGACUCGGAGUCCUCAGUAGGGAUGAGCACUUUUCGGGACCUCAAUGUCAACACUAACCCCGACACCGUUCUCCCACCCAUCUCCCGCCUCCCUCCCGAGCUCCUCAUCUCUAUAUUCGCAAAACUUAGCUCUCCCUCGGAUAUGCUGAGCUGCAUGCAAGUCUCUCGGAGCUGGGCAAUCAACUGCGUGGGAAUUCUUUGGCAUCGGCCCUCGUGUAAUACUUGGGAAAACCUGGAAAGGGUGGUAAAGGCGUUUACAGAACCGCACACUUAUUUUCAAUACUACGAUCUUGUGAAACGACUAAACCUUUCCGCACUGAAUAAAAAGAUCUCCGACGGAUCCGUUGUUCCCUUCUCGCGUUGCAAACGGAUUGAACGCCUGACUUUGACCAACUGCUCGAUGCUUACCGAUAAUGGGGUUUCUGAUCUUGUGGAUGGGAACAAACAUCUCCAGGCUUUAGAUGUGUCCGAUCUCAAGUCUCUGACGGACCAUACCUUGUUUAUGGUCGCCAGGAACUGUCCGAGACUCCAGGGAUUGAACAUUUCCGGUUGUAUCAAGGUGACAGACGAGUCGCUUAUCUCCGUUGCAGAGAAUUGUCGUCAAAUUAAAAGGUUGAAAUUAAAUGGAGUUGUCCAAGUCACCGAUCGAGCGAUCCAGUCAUUUGCUAUGAACUGCCCCUCCAUAUUGGAAAUCGACCUUCAUGGGUGCAGGCAGAUCAGAAGUUCGUCUGUCACUGCCCUUCUAUCUACCCUCCGGAACCUUCGAGAACUACGACUAGCCCAUUGUGUCGAGAUUGACAACAACGCCUUUCUUGACCUUCCCGAUGACCUGAUAUUCGACAGCCUUCGGAUCUUGGAUUUGACUGCCUGCGAAAACUUUGGAGACUCGGCUAUUCAAAAGAUCAUUAACUCCUCACCGAGAUUGAGAAACCUAGUUUUAGCAAAAUGUAGAUUCAUUACUGAUCGUUCAGUGUAUUCUAUAUGCAAACUAGGGAAAAAUAUCCAUUAUGUCCAUCUAGGCCACUGCUCUAACAUUACUGACGCUGCGGUAAUUCAACUGAUCAAAUCAUGCAACCGUAUCCGAUAUAUUGAUCUGGCAUGCUGCAACAGACUGACAGACAACAGUGUCCAGCUGCUGGCUACUCUUCCGAAGCUGAGGCGGAUAGGUCUUGUCAAGUGUCAGGCCAUUACAGAUCGCAGUAUAAUUGCUAUAGCAAAGUCUAAAGUGUCCCAGCAUCCUUCGGGGACCAGCUGUCUGGAACGAGUACAUCUUAGCUACUGCGUUCACCUGACAAUGGAAGGAAUUCAUUUGUUACUCAACAGUUGCCCACGGCUCACCCAUCUCAGUCUUACUGGCGUCCAAGCAUUCCUUCGAGAAGAAUUGACAGUAUUUUGCCGUGAAGCUCCCCCUGAAUUCACCCAACAGCAACGUGACGUUUUUUGCGUGUUCAGCGGCGAAGGAGUUAGUGCUUUGCGUGAUUUCCUCAAUCGUGCGGCUGUCCCUUAUCGCCAAGAGACUGGAGAGGGGACGAUGUAUGAUGAUGCUGAUGAAUUAGAUGAAGCGGAGGGUCAAGUGACCGGCCUUAUGAAUGCCGCCGUUAUCAAUGAUGAGGAGGACAGUGAGAUAGCUGGUGGAGGAACCCCACCUGCACCACUCGGAUGAGAAUCAACGAGCCCAGCCUUAUUUUUGUCCAUCGUCAUCGCACCAUUCGACGAUCAGCAUAUAUUAGGAUUACCCCUUUAAAAUAGACGCCGGCUCGAUUUCGCAAAUAUUGCUACUGGUACGAUGUACGAACAUGCAAGCCUUUGUCAUCCCACCGCAGCAGUUUAACCCUGGUCAUCUGAUAAAGAUGGCGAGCGCUGUUCAAAAAUGGCUGCAAGCAUACUGCACACAGAACAAAUAUAUCGACAUAUAGAGAAUCAACUCGCCAAACGACGAAUUACAAUCUAAGGGGCCUAUUUCGUACUGUGGUGCAUAGUAUUGCCCAUAAGGAACAACACGCCGCCUGGCGCGGAGGGAAAAAAAGUAGCAAUUAUCAGGGGAUGGUCUACUGUAUAUCCUACCGUGGCAUUUCUCCAGGGCCGUUACAUCGGCUUGAUGGUACAACUUCAUUGCCCAUCCGUCAAUCUCGAACUCGAGGGGGUGAGGGAAAGAACAAGCCGCCAACGAAGCGCGACCUUUGGUUUGAACUUUUCUAUUUCCUCAAUUUUCUUUCACUGGGUGUUUCGUUUUCUCCGAUUUCUUGAUUCGGUAGUUUUCGUUGAUCCCAGGCAACUGUUUUCUCGCCUUAUAUACCCACUGCUGUGAGGAUCGGAUGGAGAUUAUAACGAGAAGGAACCAACGACCCCUGGUUCUAAUAUGUAGCAUAAAACGACCGUACAGCCUUCUAUUUUAUUUGUGCAGUUUAUUCCGGCGUUUCCCCUUUCCCCCUUCUCCCUUUACUCUGUUUCGAUUUUCAUUUCGUUUCCCCCCUUUUUACUUUUUAGUUUUACUAGACGAGAUGAUUCCCCCCUUCCUCCUGCUUUUUUAUUUUCCUCUCAUUAAAUACUAGUUUUCCUCUUCCGGCACUCCAGAUCUUCCUUUGUUUUUUUAAUUAUUCUCCCUCUUUCUUUCCCCUUUAGUAACAGGGAAAACUUCAAUGAUGAAUAAAGCCUUUUUUUCACAUAAUUAAAAUUAUGAUUUGUAUGUAAAAUACCUACUUUCAGAGAAUGAAGGGGAAAGGGGGAGGGGGGAAGAAGAAAGAAUGACAUCAAAAGGAAGCGGAGAUAUUGCAUAAAUUUUUCAGUUUUUUCUUCGAAGGUCUUUCUUUCCUUUUCCUCCUUGGCCUUGAUAUUCCUCUGCCAAAUUCUGGUCCUUCAUUUGCGUGUAUUUCCUUUUUUAAUAUACAUAUUAGAAAGAAGAAAAAAAGAGGGACGGGGAAAAAAGAGAAAAUAGAAAAUAUGAAAACUUAUCGAGAUGAAAAUA